AUGUUUCUACUGUUACUGGCUUUCACAAGUUUCGCCAUCGCAUCUCCAUUGCUGCUGCCCUACAGACUUCUCAUACAUUAUUUCAUUGGAGUUCUCCCACAGGCUUUGGGAAAUAUGAUACAUCUACUGAUGAUUCUUUUCGAUCCGGAGGAAUUUCGCUCUAUCCUGCAUGAUUUGAAUCUUGUCGACGACCAACUCCGGGAAAUGGGGGCUCUGAUCCAAUCUCCAAACCUGACCAAAACUAUGGCUGUAAUCGUUCUCUCGCAGUUGUGCGCACUCUUAAAGAGUCUUACCUUAAUAUACAUGUUGAUUGGAUACACAAAUAUGAUCGCUUUGUACCUGGUGUUCAACGCGGCUUGGAAUCAACACCUGACGUUCGUUCAACUGAUUCACAGUAGGUUCUCGGCAUUGAACGAUCAGCUGACCAGGAUAGCAGCAUCAGCUGAUCAGACCUUGCUGCAGAUUGUCGAGACCCGCCUGGACUCAGUGUUCCGCGUCCACUCCACCCUCCACGUCAUCGUGUCCAACGUCAACUCUCACUUUUGUGUCUUCAACCUCUUCUACGUCACUUCUUUGUUUUUCAACAUGGUCUUUUUUUCUUACGACACAUUCGAUAUGAUGAUCCAAGAAAAAUCAUUGAUCGAUUAUAAAAUCUACAUUACUCUUUACCUGUUGGUAAAUCUUGUGUGUCAGAUUGUCACAUGCCAUCUGUGCGCCAACGAGGCCAACAGAACCGCGGAGAUUGCUCAUCACAUUUUGCACAGAGACUCGCCUUCUCUCUGGGAAAAGAUCGGGAACUAUUCCCGUCUGACGAUUGACAACCCGGUUAAGUUCACAGUCGGUGGAAUCUUUACGUUCAACAUGGAACUUUUGACGAAGAUUGCAGCGAUGACUUUCUCGUAUUUGGUGAUCGUAUUUCAACUGAAGGACAUUGAUCUGUUUGUGCCUGUGUCGAAAAACAAAACUGCUGUCAACUCAACUGUUGGUUAA